AUGCGCGACACAUUGGUCGCGGCCGCGGACGACGAGGAGCUGCUGGAACGCAUGCGCGCCGGAAGUCCGGGAUCGUUCGAUCGUUCCAUUCACUACUUCGACCCGAACGACGAGGAACUGACCGCGCGAUGCUGCAUUGUCGUCGACGCACUUAACUUCUGCUUCUGGCCCGCUGAGGGGCUGCAGUACGAGCACCUGUCCGAGGGCGUCAGGGACGCCGCGCGGAGAGACCCGGCGUGCGUGUCCCCCGACCGCCUCGCCGCAGCCACCCCGUCGGACGUGCGCGGCCUCUUCAACUGGGACGGCGACAUCCCCCAGCUCGAGGAACGCACGAGGCUGGUGCGCGAGGUGGGGGGUGUCUUGCGGGACGCGUUCGGCGGGCAGGUGGCGUCGCUCGUGCGGUCGGCGGGCGGGUGCGGGGUGCGGCUGUCCCUGCUGACGGCGCAGCACUUCCCCGGGUUCCGCGACAGCGCGGUGCACGACGGCGCGCAGGUGUUCUUCCACAAGCGGGCGCAGAUCUUUGCGGGAGACCUCUGGGGGGUGUUCCGCGGGGAGGGCCUCGGGAAGCUCGACGUGAGCGGGCUGACGGCGUUCGCGGACUAUCGGGUUCCGGUGGUGCUGCGGCAGAAGGGGAUCCUCAAGUACGAGCGCAGCGUGGCACAGGCGGUGGACCAGGGGGCGUUGAUCGUGCCAGGAACGCCCCAGAUCUGA